AAUGACUCCAUAUAUUACAAUUCAAUUGUGGGGGAUCAAGCUCUGUGUCAUAGAUCUUUUCAAAACUGUUUCACACUCUCUUCUCCUUAACAAAUCUUUUUCAUCCCCGGGCGUUAGUUUCGAGUAGUCAAAUAAGCGUAGUGACUCGCACGAUGGUUAACUAACUAACAAAGUUGUCGAUAGUAUCAAAGAAGCCCAAGAAGGUCUAAAGCAUGUACAGGAAUUCCAUAGGAGCAGGAACAAAGGCAAGCCAAAAAAAGACCCAGCUCUAAAUCCACCAAAAGAUGAAUACGGCACACCUCAAGAGAGCACUGUACUUAAAGAGAAACCAGACGCCAAAGUCGUUUGACGAGUAGCGGGUAUGUUUCAUAAAUGGCACGAAGCCAAAAAUUGUGUUUCCUAUUUCUGCAACCUCAGUGCUUUUACUCACACCGCUCUUCUUUUGAUUCCUGGACUUGUUUUGCGUGUUAUCAUCAAGGAGCACUUCAACUUCCUACGCUCACCACGGCUUCGGCUACUCCUGGCAAGACUAGUAGAAGUCUGAGUGCAAGAAAUGGAGGUGGUGGUGAUUUUACAUAUAAGAUAUAUCUAUGGUAUUAUUGUGUUCCUUGUGUUGCGGCCGAAGCUGGCAAAUAUGUGAAUGUAACAGAUAGUUGCCAUCAAACAAGGCAAGGUAUGACCUUUCCGAUGUUCAAUUAUUUGGCAUGCAAUCUUAUAACUAAGAUCGGCUUCUUACAUAGCUUUAACCGAACACAUACUCCCUUCCCUCAACCAACAACAAAAUGCAUUAAGCGACAACGUGCUCGGGAACGCCGGGCCCUAGAAGCCCAGACUAAGACUUCCGAAGCCGCUGCAAAAGAACUCCUGGAUGGAAAUACAGAAUUUUGUAGUAUUCUUGCUGAAUGUGCCGAGUUCGGCUCUGGUGGCAAUAGUGAUGAGGAUUUGGAUUUGUCUCAUCAUGGGUAUUAUGGUUAUUCCAUUCCAGCUCCUGAACAACAGCGAAUUCAUGGCAAGAAACUUGCGAGUCGGUUCAAAAAGGUAAAGAGAGGACAGAGAGAAGAUGAAGAAAGAAAACGAAUUAGGGGAGGAGAGGUCUGAUAUAGUUUAUUUGUGAUAUUGUGAUUCAAAAAAAAAUCUUGUUAGUUGGACUUUCGAACUCUUAAACCCAAUGUGAGCUUUUGGAGUCAGAUACUUGCCGAAUACAAGUCAUUAAUAGCUUUUGUUUUCUUGUUUGACUCUAGUUGAACUCCUGUCUAGUAUGACUCGGAGGAGUCAGAUACAAUUUAGAGACAAGUAAUACCAUUUCAUAAAUUAUAGUUGGGAUCCUUAGCUUCGAAAAACCUUGA